CACAAGAAUCGAGAACAAGAAGGGAUCAUGAUCAGUAAAAAUAAGUUGAUACCUCCACUCUGUGCGUAUCGGGUUGCAAGGCAUGAUCUUCUGAAAAAUGAAGAUCCUACAACAACUGUAGAAGAUUCAACUACACCUGGAGGAGGUUGCGGCUAUCAACGACAUCGCCCCCCAGCGGCACUAGAGCUAGAUAGUGGAGCCGGGGUCGGACCUUUGUUCAGUGAUGAAGAAGCUGGUGCUCCUCGACGACAAGGAGGAGGCGCGCCUUCAUCUCUCCAUCGUCAUCAUGUACAAGAACUGGCACGAGAAGGAUCAGCCGCUCUACUGUUUCUUGCUCCGAGAGAGACGGCUGCUCCAAGUGAAGAUUCUGGGGCACAAGAAGGCGAGCAAGAUGAACCUGAUGAAGCAAAAAUGUGUUUAGGCACGACAGACGCGACUGCGGGACUCUUCUCACGGGACUCUUCUAAUGGCAGUGCCAAAUCAAGUAGAAUCAAAACGAGUACUUAGUGUCAUGCCGACCAUAUUACGGUCGUCCCUAAGUGCAACCGGAGCAGGCGAAGAUCGUCGUGUCCAAGUUGUACUACACCCUCCUAGUACUGUGCAAAAAAUGAAAGGGAGUAGGGUCAUACCGAC